AUGGCCGACGGCAAACUCAGGGCUGCAAUCCUGGUUGUUUCAGAUACUGCUUCUCAGGACCCAUUCACUGACAAGGUCGGCGAUACUCUGACCGCUUCAUUUACAGCCGAGGGGUCCAACAGCUGGGACCCUCCUGUCAUCAGGAUCGUGCCAGAUAAUGUGCUAGAUAUCCAACGGACAAUCUGCAACUGGACAGACGGUCCAAAUUGGUUUAAUCUGGUUUUGAUCAGCGGUGGCACUGGUUUUGCUGUCAAGGACAAUACUCCCGAGGCUGUGUCACCUCUCAUCCAUCGCCAUGCGCCUGGCCUUGUACACGGCAUGCUUGCCACCUCCCUUAAGGUGACACCGUUUGCAAUGAUGUCUCGGCCUGUUGCAGGUGUCAGAAACAAGUCGCUCUUGAUUACCUUACCAGGUUCACCGAAAGGAGCCAAAGAGAAUCUGGAGGCUAUCAUUAAGCUCCUACCGCAUGCCUGUGCUCAAGCGGCUGGAGCAAACUCCAGAGCUCUCCAUGCAGGUGGGGUAAAGAAGCUAGAGGCCGACGCUGGUAUUGCUUCUCAAAGCCAAAGCUCAGGGAGCAAAGUACAAUCGCAUGAUCAACACCACCACCACCAUCACCACAACCACGGGCAUUCUCAUGGCCACGGACACGUAGUCCCAAGGGCGCAUACAUCACCUUCACAACGGCCUCAGUCUAACGAUCCGAAUGCAGGACCGAACCGCCGGUAUCGCUCGUCUCCUUACCCCAUGCUGUCAGUCGACGACGCUCUCAAACUGAUCAGCCAAUACACGCCUGAGCCGGCCGUCAUUGAGGUUCCCGUGACACCUUCUCUUGUUGGCUCUGUUAUCGCUGAAGAUGUCUACGCCGGAGAGGCAGUACCAGCUUACCGCGCCAGUAUUGUUGAUGGAUAUGCCGUUAUUGCACCGGACUCGCCAACGGCGGAGUAUAGUACCAGGGGAAUCUUCCCAGUGGCCUCCAUCACCCACGCGAAUCCAGGAGGGACGCUGUCGCCCCUUGAACCGGGAACCGUUGCGAGAAUAACCACUGGCGCACCCCUCCCACCCAACGCGAACGCAGUCGUGAUGGUAGAGGACACCGUCCUCGUGUCCUCCACACCAGACGGUCAAGAAGAGGCCACCAUCGAAAUCCUCACAGGCGACAUCAAACCUCUCGAGAACGUGCGUGAACCAGGCAGUGACGUCGCCCUAGGCUCCAAAAUUCUUUCCAGAGGCGACCUCAUCACAUCUGUCGGGGGCGAGAUCGGGCUCCUCGCAGCAACAGGAACCAAGACUGUCAAGGUAUACAAGAAGCCCUGCGUGGGCGUCCUCAGCACCGGCGACGAGCUAGUCGAACACAACGACCCAAGCAAGCUCAUCGGCGGUCAGAUCCGUGACUCCAACCGCCCCUCGCUCCUCUCCUGCCUGUCCUCAUGGGGAUUCCCCACAGUGGACUUGGGAAUCGCGCGCGACACACCACCCACGGAACUAGAAAACGCUCUCCGCGACGCCCUCCGCGGCGUAGGGCGCGCAAAUACCAGCGUCGACGUGAUCGUCACCACAGGCGGCGUCUCAAUGGGCGAGCUGGACCUGCUCAAGCCCACCAUCGAGCGUUCGCUCGGCGGCACUAUCCACUUCGGCCGCGUCUCAAUGAAGCCGGGGAAGCCGACGACGUUCGCCACGAUCCCGUUCAAGCCCUCGUCGACACCGACUGGCUCCACGCAACAGGAGCGCGAGUCGAAGCUCAUCUUCUCGCUGCCGGGGAACCCCGCUUCAGCGCUGGUGACGCUAAAUCUGUUCGUGCUUCCGUCCCUGCACAAGAUGAUGGGAAUGGGGCAGAGACAGACUGCGCCGGGAGUAACUCCUGCUCUGGGGCUGCCUCUUGUGUCCGUCACGCUAGCGCAUCCGUUUCCGCUUGAUCCUAAGCGCACAGAGUACCAUCGUGCCAUUGUCACUGCCUCACGCUCUGAUGGCCGGCUGUAUGCCACGAGUACCGGACUUGAAGGUGUUGGCCAGCGGAGCUCAAGAGUAGGGAGUCUUGCGAGUGCGAAUGCGCUGUUGGUGCUUCAGCCCGGAAGUGGAAAGGUGGACAAGGGUACUCUAGUGGAGGCUUUGCUGCUUGGAAAUGUGGUGUCGGAGGCGUAG